CCGAUUGAGUGUUUUGUUCAAUAUUGUUUUCAAUUUUGAACAAAAUACUCAAUCGCCCGGGCGCCGUAGUGAAAAUUUGAGCCUAUGUGACCAAGGCAUUAGUCUAAAGAGCCCCUAAACCGUACAUCGAGGAGUUAACAUCAACUGCUUCGAGCAAAUAUUUCUUAACCCGAGUUGCCCUGCAUGUGCCAUUGACCAAGAUGGCGAAAACGAGCUUGUUGUUAGUGACGUGUACGACAGUGCUGAUCAGCCAUGUCUUGAGCCUACCUCUAAAUGUUAACAAUGUAGAUAACAGAUUUGAAGUACUGGAACGUAUGUUGGAAAAUUCCGGACUAACCAAGGAACAGAGAUUAGGAAUAUUGCAGGUGCUAUAUGAUUUGAAGGAGGGACCUUCCCCGGACCUUGUAAAACUCAUUAAAGAAAACAAUCUUGAAGAAUUGCUUGGUGACACUGAUGGUGAAAGUGAGACAGGCAGCAAAGAAGAUUUAAGCGAUAUAGAUGACGUCGUGUCUGAUGGAGAAGUUCCUGAUAAGGCUAUAGCCAAUGAUAAAGCAAAUCAAGCUAAAACAAUAAAUGAUGACGACCGUUCCGAUAGCGCCCCAGAGGAAGAUUUAAACCAAGAAUUUUAUGAGGCAAUAGCUAGUGAUGUCAUCAAUCAAGUUCAGGAAAGCAUCAUUGGACAAGCUUCUAACCAAAAUACCGUCGUUCAGAAAGAGACAAAUAUAGAAAUCGACGAAGACAAAAUGGAUGUAGAUAACCCAUCCAUUCUGCAGUCUCUGGAACACAUCGCUGCACUCGCCGAGUGGUGUGCUGGUCUGAAUGAGUUAAAUCCUCCAACAGAUAUUACUGUCGAAGCCAAAGAGAAUAGAGCAUUGGUAGAUAAUGAACGAGGUGCUGUAGGACGAGUUAAGCGUGAAGGCCAUGCGAAUGCCAAAGCGGAGGAAGGUACGGAAAGUGAUGAAGAUGAUACAGAUAGCACAGUUGACAAGGAACAGCUACUGGAGAAGAUGCAUGAAAUUUGUACAGCUUUGAACAACCUUGAAUUCAUCGGCGCUCAAAUUGAGACCAAUGAGUUAAAGGAAGAAAUAGCUUACGGAUUGAAAAGAUCCAACCAACCUGAUGCGCUAUUAACUGAACAAAAGAGGAUACUUGCAUCUCAAACAACGCCCCAAACUGGGCCAACAGUAAAACCUUGGACAACUCCUCGCCCUAUGUCAACCGUUACACAUUGGAGAACGCAACGUUCUACAGUAAGACCUUGGACAACUCCUCGCCCUACGUCAACCGUUACACUUUGGAGAACGCAACGCUCUACAGUAAGACCUUGGACAACUCCUCGCCCUACGUCAACCGUUACACUUUGGAGAACGCAACGCUCUACAGUAAGACCUUGGACAAGUCAGUUUCAAGGGCCAACAGCAACACCUGGAACAUCAGCAGCUCCAUCUGUCCGUAGUUUCCUGAAUAUUGAAGAAAAGGAAGACCUAACGAAGGAGUUGCAAGAUGAAAUCAUUCACAAAAAAACUUGCUGCCAGAAACAUUCUGGUUACUGAGGAAAACCAUGCCAAGAUAUAUGGAUUUGGUCCUACGUCAAUAGAGAAAAAUGAACCAAAUGAACCAAAGCCAGUCGACGGGAAUGAAAUCAUCAGAAUCCCGUUGAAGUGGCUUGCCUUGGAGACGUUACUUUCCUCAUCCGGGCAACGGUAUUACGACAAACAGACGGAUGUGUGGUCAUUUGGUGUUACUACAUGUAUCUGGGAGAUCUUCAGUGUCGGUUUAAGGAUUGUAUGUGGGCUUGCUGGACGGACAAGCCAAGUGAACUUCCCACCAUGGGAGCCAUCAAGCAGAUUAUUCACGAGGCCUUGUACACGACACCAGGAGAUGACGUUUACUAUGCAGAUUCUUAAACAUUUGCAGAAAUGA